UAGCAUUGACCAGUUCUUGCAAUAUCAAAUAUUUUUUACGAAAACUUUAUACCUACCUUUAUAUAUUGCAUAAUGUUUUUCGAAGAUAAAAAUAACAAUUAAAUGUUUCGCACAUUUCUUAUUAUUGCUACUGCUACAUGUACAAUGUCCAGCAAUGUUGGUACCACUAUAUUUUGUAAUAAGUCUAAGUCUGAUUGUUGGAAUCAAGAAGAACUGGCCAAAUUACGAGCUAGAGAAAUGUUUGAACAGCUUAUGCCAUCUCCCGUUACGCCCGACAAAGUUGAUAAGAAGUAUACAAGAGAUACUCUACGGUACUUCCGUGAGGCAUUGCAAAUGGUUCAAAGAGACCAAGAUGUUUAUACUGCAGCCAUACUUAAAGAAGCUUUAGCAGAUACUAUUGGAGGGCAUUUAAGAAGUGAAUUGCUACCUACCGUUCGAUUUGCGUAUUAUGCCGGAUAUAUACCGUAUAGAAGCGCUAGGCAAUUACAUGACUUCUUUGAUGAGCUGAAACGGAGUUUAAAUACUCAAGGUUUAGGAUGGAAACAACCCGAUAAAGUACCACCUUGGUCAAACCUGACCGUUGUUAAAAUUCUGAUAGGGUCUGGAAAAUUCUACCACCCAUGCGGAUGUUUGGUGACUAAACGCGAUUCUAAUUCGUGUAUUCAUUUGCCGUUGCCAAAAUUAGAUGAUUACGAUAGCCCAUCUGCUAUUGCACUGCCAUUCAAAUCGGGCGGUCUAGUGAGUUUAACUUCUCCAAACUCGCAGAAUAUUUUGCUCAAAUAUUAUACUACUGUUUCAAGAUGUAUUUUAGAUAGUUCGCCCAAAGACUGUCGACAUCCCGAUUUUGUAAAUUACAAUAACGAACUGUGGCAUUGGAUGAAGAGAGAUGUCGCACCGCAUUUGAUCGAUGAAAAGCUGUAUGCGGCCUACGGAGGUGUCUUAAGAGUAGCAGCAGCAGUACAAAGUUAUGGUAAAGGUCUUUCACGCCGCAAUCUUUUCCAAUAUGAAAGUGCAGGGUCCUCUAACUGGAAUCCUUUGAAGAUACUUACACAAUCCUUUAUUUAUGUAAAUACAGAUUGGACGCCGCAGUUGUACGUCGGCCUAGUGUUGUUAGCAGCAGCGGCUAUAUAUUUAUUGCAGAUGUGUUACAACUAUAUAUUCGGAGACGGGAAUAACUGCAGAUGUGUAGGUCGGUCGAAGAAAUCAUGGUCUAAAAAUGUCGAGUGCGCCAAUGUGGAUACAAAUGUUCCGCGUACAUUAACAGCGAAUCAAAGGGCCGUUUACUAUAAUGAGAACAAGCGAAUGCACGUACUACCAUCAAAAACAAAAACGUCUUCAGUUAGUACACAGAAAGUUUAUGAUCUGAAUGAGAACACCGAGAAGCUUAUGGACGUGAUAUUAAGCGACGAGGAUUCUGAUAUUGGAUCGCCAUUGCCGUCAAAAAAUGAAAGUGAUGAUAAUAGUAUUGCAGUCGACAUGGGUCCAUCCAAACAGUCGAUAAGCCCUCCUAAAUUAGAGACGUCGAUUGCACAAUUGCGCAUUGACAGGACGCCGGGCACAACUAAACGAAAAGGUAGAUCACAAUACUCGACAAGCACUGUUACGCGGUCAGAACUGACGUACUGUCAAGAUCAAGGAAGUGAAUCUGUUUGGACUGGUACUGAGAGUUGCAACUCCAGCGAGUCGAUCAGCACAAGAAGUACGAAAUCUCGGAGUCGUAAGUCGAGAAGUAGUCGCGACUUAGCGUGGGCUCGACGUGUGAUCUCUAGAAAUUCAGCACAAAGCUUUACUAAAUCCACUACUGGUACUGAACUGGAUAUUAACUCACAUACCACACCACGGUCCCAACGUUAGUUGAAUUUAUUUUAUAAGUAAUUUAAUUCGUAGGAACUUUUAAUGUAUUGUAUUCCUUUAAGAUAUAUUGUAUAAGAACGGUAUAAGAUUUUUAAGAAUUAUAUAAGUCAUUUAAUUA